CACAAACCAAACCAGGCCAGGUCGCGGGCUACCAACCCAACCCAAUCCUCGCAUGGAUCAUCACGGCCAUGGCGGCCAUGGCCAUGGUCAAGGGCCCAACAAGUCGAGUCUGCAAUACGGCCACAUGCCGUCGUCGGAGAGGAGGGACAUGAGCCUGCAGGAUAAUUCUACUUCGACGCCCUUCAUACCUCACCAAAGCCUCGGCCAAGCUCUCGGGCCCCUCCAGAGCUCCCCAUACAGCCACAGCCGGCACCCUCCGCCAGAGAGCUUCCACCGUAUCUCCCAGUCACCACCCACGCACGCAACGACGAGUCAUGGUACCUCACUAACUUUCAGCGUGAACGGGCAGUCCUCGAUCAAGCGCAAGCAGACGGACACGAACAACCUGAGCACCGCUAAUGGCUCGCAUCUCUCCAAACGUCGGCGGGAGGAAGAAUCCGCAGAUCCUUAUGACGAUGGAGGAGGUGGUGCGAAACAUUGGACAGACGAAGAGAAGACGUCUUUAUUCCAAUGGUUGAUGGGUAACGGUAAUGACGACCACUGGAAUGCACUGCGCGCGACGAAGAAUUCAUGUCUGCGCGAUUGCUCGGUCGAAGUUUUCUCGAACAAGAAGACGUACCAGGCGCUCAAGGGUUGUUAUGAACGUAAUUUCAAUCUGUUCAAGCAGAUCUACGCGUUCGAGCAUUAUCAUGCCGGAAGCGGUCCCGUUACGGCUCACGGCGAAGCAGAUCGGUUACGAGAGUAUGACUUGUUCUAUCGCCGAUGGCACGGUGAUCCUGCGACAACAAAACCAAGUGUGGCCCGAAGUAAUGGAGCACCAGUCCAUGUGAACGAAGAGCCAGAAGUGGACGACGACCAGACUCUAGACUAUUCCGACUCCCCCGCGGGAGGUCCUUCAUCCAUCAUACCUCAGCAGCAGGCACCGCAAGCGCCAGUGCCAUACAUCAAUCUGCAUCAAACACUCAGAGAGACCCACGUCCCACCGCCCGCUCCGCAGGCUCCAAGCCCCAUAAUCGCUACACCUCAUUCGGCUUCUUUCUCGCUUUCCGGCUCUUCAGCAGCAGCUGCGCCACUAGCUCUGCCCCCAGACCAGGUUGUCAACAUCCCUGUUUCGCAGAGCGUGGUCUCGGCAUACCUGCAACUUCUGCAGGUGCAGACCCAGACUGGGAAACAGAAGCUGGAGUACAUGCGUCGGCGGGAGGAGCGGGAGGAGCGGGACAGCAUCCAGCGGCACGAGAUGGAGCGGAUGCGCAUGGAACAGGAGAAGGCGGAUUUAGAACAUAAUCGGCGAGCCGCUAGCAUGAAGCAGAAGGCGGAUCGUGCUCUGGAGUUGCUUGGUAGUGCGGUUGUGGACUCUUCGCUCAAGCAGGCCGCCAGCGAUUAUCUCAAAAACAUUUUCAUGGAUUAGCUCACAGUAUUUCCUCAUCAUCUACGCAUUAUGUACCAGUAGCAUUACGAUCACACCUUCAGGAAGGAA